AUGAAGUACACUGCCUUUGACGAGCACCGCUUUCGCGCGAGAGUCGACAAGGCGCUGGAAAGCGUCAAGAAGAUCUUGGAUACCUCCCGAAAUCCACGUCUGGCGCAUGAGUAUGAUAAAGAACACACCUACGACGACAAGUUUGCUUUGGCAGAGCUGCUGACCAGCACGGCUUUGGUCGCUCAAGUCAAUAUCUUGGAACAGUGGGGUCUCCGAGCGGAUCAUUUUGAGCAACUGUUGCAGUGGGUGAAUCAAGACGAAAAGACUGUCACUAUGAGGUUUGAAGCCAAACAGACCUGUCUGUUCGUGGAGGAGAAAGAAGUGCCCGUGGUGAAGGUGACCGGCAACUUGGAGCAAAAGAUUGUCGAAAAGAAAAAACUCGAGCACGAAAAGGUACUGGCGAAUGCAGUGGAUUGGCUCAGGAAAAACGACCCGAAUUUCCAAGACCCCGCAAUCACUCAAUUGGAGCCAGCAGUCAGGGCAUUCUCCAAAGUUACUGGGUUGGAACCGCCAGAGAACCGGACUCCCUCAGUCAGCCAAAAGUUCGUGGGGUGGGCGAACCGGACUCCCUCAGUCAGCCAAAAGUUUGUGGAGGAAGCGAUUGAGUGGUUGAGAAACAAUGAUCCCAUCAUUGACCAGCUGGACCAGCCCACUGUGGAGGAGAUUGCCAAAGUGGCAUGCGUUUCCGCGGAGGGUCCACCCGAAGAGAAAACUAUUGUUGUUGAGCACAAAACAACCAACAUUGUCAAAGAGUACCGUUGGAAAGUAAAUGUCAAUCAUCGGCUGAUUAUCUUCGCGGGGGCAGCACCCGAGGAGCAAACUAUGAUUACGCUUCAGGAAAGAGACGCCGCGACUUUCCUCACAAUCAAAGGUUCACACAAGGCUCCCUUUCAGGAGGUCUACGAGCCCGUACUUUUGUGUAGUUUGGACUUGACCUGGCUUCUCCAGAACGUCGCCAAGGAUAACCAAUUCGCAAUCGAUCGCAGCAAUCCGGAAAAAUGCAAAACACCAGUUCGGAAUGAGCAGAUUCAAACAACGUUGGGUUACUUUCGGCAAGUUAAGUACUUUGCCCGGUCGGUGCGCUGCUUCUGGACCCUGACGGUCGAGUCUUCUAUUCUUGGGCGCCAUGCCCCCACGAAGGUGACACCCGACAAGGCUCCAAGAAAACCAAAACUGGCUUCCUUGUUGUCUGCGCACAGUAUCUUGUGCCCCGUCCUUCCGCUGUUUGAAGAGACGCAUGCUGCCAACGCGUCGGGAACAAAACAGAGGCUGGGUCUCUUGGCGCUGCCGUCCCGCUCUGUAUCGGAUGGUCGUGAAAACGCCGUGUCGUCUCCAUUGAUGUCGUCGGAAGAUAUGGACAAAAUCAUGACAGAGCAUGCGCGGUCGAUGAAGGAAGCCGUCGAUGCUAUUCAACAACAGUUCAUUGAAGUCAGCGGUGAAGAGGAAUCCUGCAUGAUUUCCUCGGUAGAAGCUACUUUGACCUUGCUAGGCUUCCAUAUGGAGGCACUGGCUGAGCAGUACGAAGAUUUAGUAGGAUACAUUGAAGACAUGCUCAAAAAGCAGUUGGUGUCUGCAAUUGGCAAGGAAAUAUAUCCGGAGGACUUUGAGCAGUUCAUGAGUUUCCACCAGCGACACAAGCUCUACGAUUCAGCCUACGCUCCAAGCCCUUUCUGCUUUGCCAUUCGGCAACCAGGACAGUUCCCUGCUGGGAUUCUUUCCAUAGAACACGACAUCAGCAACAGAGGCCAGAUGUGUCCUAUUGAAACCUUCAAUCGGAAGGUUCCAGCCACGGCUGCAAAUCCUUCCAUCCAGAUCCCGUUGAAUGCCGCCACCGCCCUGCAGAUGACAGGAGAAAGGUAUCUGCACGGCUGGAUCCGAUACUCCUUCGACAAUCAUCUCGUGUGGGCAUCUCAUCCUCAGUUGUGUGUGCGAGCAAGACAAUUCUCAUGUUUUUUGGUCAUGGUGGGCAACAUGGCUGGCCCGGAUCAGUUCAACCCCAAGGACGCUAUUAUUGUCCAAAACAAGGACGAGGUGUUGAUUCCGCUUCUGAUGGAUGCAUUGCCGUCUGCAAAAGAGUUCAAGGAUGCCAUCUCGUCCCUCUCUCCGGAGCAACAAACAUUUGCCAAGGCAUUUCGAGAAAGGCAACUCGCAUCCUCCGUCUUUGCUGUUUGUGUGGUCCAACUCAAACCUCAGCUGGAGGACUUGCUCGCGUUGCCCCGAGGUGCUUUGACAAAGCAGAUGCAGUUGACCCAAGAUCUCCUCUCCCUUUUUAUUGACUAUCAAAUCCCCCCGGACAUGCUUUCGUACGAUGGAGAAGAUGACGCAACCAAGGCUUCAAAGAUUGCUUUGGUAGAGGAAUACGCAAAGUCUGUCCUGGAUGUUGUACAGCAAGAAAAGAAGAAGCAAUUGGAACUGGAAAAAGAGCGAGCUACGAUGGUCAAGAGGCAAAUGGCUCAAGGCUGUGGCCCCGGACGUCGCACAGAGGAAGAAAGGAAAGCCCAUGCAAUGAAUGAUGCGCUGAACUGGCUCAGGGGCUCCGAAGCAGGGGCUGAUGGGUUGGACGAUCCAGAUGCCCUUGCCAGGAUGUUGGCGGCCUCAUCGGGUGGGCUUGGUGGCUCCCCAGCUGAUCAAAAAGCGCAAGACAUGGCCGGUGCUCUUGAUUGGCUACGGAAAAGCAACGCAGCUGGUGCUGACUUGGAUGACAUUUCCGUCGCCUCAUAUGCCAAGAUAUCCGCAGGACCUAGGUGUGGUGUACCUGGACCAGAACCUGGCGGUCCGUUUGAUGGCCCUGGUCAGCCAGAAGAACCAGGUUUCGAUUUUAGUCGAGCCCUACCCACAGAUGACGUACCAGGACCAGAACCUGUUGGUCCGUUUGAUGGCCCUGGUAUACCAGGGGGGGCAGGUCGGAUGCUUCGUGAAGGUUUCGAUAAGCCAAUAGAACCCUUGGAAGCCGAAGCCAUUCCGGACAUCGUCGAUUUUACCGCCGUGGAUUUCACCAAGAUCCCCAAAGCCCUGGAUUCUCUAUUUCAAGUCCACGACACGGACGGUUCCCUGCGGACCACUAAAAUAGCGACGGGCGACGUUUGGACCCGAAAGCGUCACGAGAGUCUCUUGAGCAAGACUGCUACUACCGCGUCACUGGGACCGGAUGACAUCCGUACCGAAAAGGACAAAGCCUUCGAUCUGUUGGAUGCCUUGAGCCGUAGUGGGACCUUGUCGCUGCCCUACUCCGAACUGCACGUGUGUAUCGGAGUGACUCAUUGCUUUGAAAAUGAUUUGAUGGGUACAGUUUUACAGGACAACAUCAAUCCCAUUGAAAAGGUUGAAAAGUCCUCGUUGAUGGUGGCGUCAACAAUCCAUGCACAGGCACCCCUGGAGCUGCUCAACAAGAACGAAAACCAUAUACCCCGAUUGCGAGGAUGGUAUCCAGCUCUCUUGGAUGGCCUUCAACGAAGCGGUUCUUGA